AUGGCGCAGUCACUGGAGCUCCUGCUAAUCCAGUUCCUGAUGCCGGACAACGACGCGCGGCGCCAGGCGGAGGAGCAGAUCCGGCGGCUGGCGCGGGACCCGCAGGUCGUGCCGGCGCUCGUUCACCACCUCCGCACCGCCAAGACCCCCAACGUCCGCCAGCUCGCCGCCGUGCUCCUCCGCAAGAAGAUCACCUCCCACUGGCCCAAGCUUCCACCGCACGCCAAGGCUUCCCUAAAGCAGGCCCUCAUCGACUCCAUCACCCUCGACAACAGUCAUCUUGUAAGGAGAGCUAGUGCAAAUGUCGUGAGCAUUAUUGCUAAGUAUGCUGUCCCUGCAGGAGAGUGGCAAGAGCUGUUACCGUUCCUUUUCCAAUGCAGCCAAAGUCCACAAGAAGAACAUAGGGAAGUAGCUUUAAUUCUUUUUAGCUCCCUUACUGAAACUAUUGGGACUACGUUUCAAUCUCAUCUGAAUGAUUUGCAACCUAUUUUACUGAAAUGCCUGCAAGAUGAGACCAGCUCUCGAGUCAGAAUCGCUGCCCUAAAGGCCGUUGGAUCCUUCAUAGAGUAUGUCAAUGAAGGAGGAGACAUUGUAAAGAUGUUCCGAGACUUUGUUCCCAGUAUCUUGAAUGUAUCAAGGCAAUGUCUUGCUAAUGGCGAUGAUGAUGUUGCUUCCAUUGCCUUUGAAAUAUUCGACGAACUAAUUGAAUCUCCUGCACCACUUCUUGGAGAUUCAGUGAGAUCAAUUGUGCAGUUCUCGCUUGAAGUUUGCUCAAACCAAGAUAUGGAAAUAAAUAUAAGGCAACAGGCUAUUCAGAUAAUCUCAUGGCUUGUAAAAUUUAAAGCAUCUUUCUUAAAAAAGAACAAGCUGAUUGUACCUAUUCUACAAGUUAUGUGCCCCUUGCUUACAGAAACAGCUAAUGAAGAUGAAGACUCUGAUUUAGCGGCAGAUCGUUCUGCAGCCGAAGUCAUUGAUACAAUGGCUAUCAACUUACCAAGACACGUUUUUGGUCCAGUUCUUGAAUUCGCUUCUGUGAAUUUUCGUCAUGUUAAUCCCAAGUAUCGUGAGGCUGCUGUUACUUCACUGGGUGUUGUCUCAGAAGGUUGUUCUGAACAUUUUAAGGAUAAGUUAGAAGAAUGUCUCAAAGUUGUUUUAGAAGCUUUAAAGGAUCAAGAGCAAAUGGUUAGAGGCGCUGCAUCAUUUGCUCUUGGUCAGUUUGCUGAACACUUGCAGCCAGAAAUUUUAUCUCACUAUGAGAGUGUACUUCCAUGCAUCUUAAAUGCACUUGAAGAUCCAUCAGAUGAAGUUAAGGAGAAAUCUUAUUAUGCACUGGCGGCGUUCUGUGAAGAUAUGGGUGAAGAUAUCCUACCAUAUCUGGAACCUUUGAUAUGCAGAUUAGUUAUAUCUUUGCAGAGCAGUCCUCGGAACCUGCAAGAGACAUGCAUGUCUGCAAUUGGCUCUGUAGCAGCUGCUGCAGAACAGGCAUUUAUCCCAUAUGCAGAGAAGGUUCUUGAAAUGAUGAAAGGCUUUAUGGUGCUCACUAAGGAUGAAGAUUUGUGUGCACGAGCUAGGGCUACUGAGGUUGUUGGGAUAGUAGCGAUGGCAGUUGGCAGAACCAGAAUGGAAGCCAUAUUACCUCCUUUUAUUGAGGCUGCUAUUUCUGGUUUUGGAUUGGAUUAUAGUGAGCUAAGGGAGUACACUCAUGGGUUUUUUAGCAACGUUGCUGAGAUUCUGGAUGAUAGUUUCUCACAGUAUCUCCCUCAUGUUGUGCCUCUUGCAUUUUCCUCGUGCAACUUGGAUGAUGGUUCUGCUGUGGACAUUGAUGAUGCUGAUGGUGUUGACAAUGGAUUUAGUGGUGUUUCCUCUGAUGAUGAUGAUGAUGAUGAGCCAAGAGUUAGAAAUAUCAGCGUGAGGACUGGAGUGUUAGAUGAGAAAGCUGCUGCAACUCAGGCUAUUGGAUUUUUUGCACUUCACGCAAAGAGUGCCUAUGCCCCGUACUUGGAGGAGUCGUUGAAAAUUUUAAUCAAGCACAGUGGGUAUUUUCAUGAAGAUGUCAGGCUUCAGGCUAUUAUUUCCUUAAAACACAUCCUAACUGCAUUAAGGGCAAUACCUGCACAUCCUGAUAUACUAGAGAAACAGAAGGAUGUUCUUGAUACUAUUAUGAGCAUCUAUAUCAAGACCAUGACAGAGGAUGACGAUAAAGAAGUAGUUGCACAAGCUUGCAUGAGUGUAGCUGAUAUCAUGAAAGAUUGUGGUUUUGCUGCUGUUGAACUUUAUAUGCCACGGCUUGCUGAGGCAACACUUGCUCUGUUGCGUCAAGAAUCAUGCUGUCAGCAAGUCGAGUCGGAUGGCGAAGAUGAUGGUGACAUCGAUCAUGAUGAAGUCCUCAUGGACGCAGUUUCAGAUCUUUUGCCUGCUUUUGCAAAAGUGAUGCGAUCUUACUUUGAUCCUAUCUUUGCGAAGUUAUUUGACCCCCUAAUGAAAUUUGCUAAAUCUCCACAUCCUCCCCAAGACAAGACUAUGGUUGUCGCCACUCUAGCUGAGGUCGCUCAAGAAAUGGGUGCUCCAAUUUCUGCUUAUGUUGAUAAGAUAAUGCCUUUGGCGUUGAAAGAACUUGCAUCUUCUGAGGCUACGAAUAGGAGAAAUGCCGCUUUCUGUGUUGGCGAGCUAUGCAAGAACAGCGGUGCUGCAGCACUGAAAUAUUACCCGGAUAUACUGCAGGGUCUGCACCGUUUGUUUGCUAAUUCCGAACAAGACCUUGCAGUUAGAGAUAAUGCGGCCGGUGCUAUUGCUAGAAUGAUAAUGGUGCAACCUCAGUCAAUUCCUCUCAACCAGGUUCUUCCAGUGUUUGUCAAAGCUUUGCCACUAAAAGAAGAUCACGAAGAAUCAAUGGCUGUCUAUAGCUGCUUAUGUAAUUUGUUACUAUCAUCACAUCCCCAGAUCCUCACUCUAGUGCCUGAUGUGAUACAUGUCUUUGCCCAAGUGGUAGUAUCCCCAGAUGAGAGUGAUGAAGUCAAAACAACUAUUGGCAAGGCUGUUUCUCAUUUGAUAUCCGUUUAUGGUCAGCAGAUGCAGCCAAUACUAAGUGCUCUACCACCUGCUCAUGCGAAUGCAUUGGCAGCAUUUGCCAGCAGAAGAUGA